AUGCCGAACCUAAAAUCCGAGGACUUCGCCUUCACUUACAGUCUCCGUGGCUACGAACUCAACGAAAAUGAAAAGUCACUCGUUGGCAAGGAGAUGCGCGUCAGGGUCUCCAGCAGGAAGUUCGAGACGAGCGACUGGUCAUGGGAGCGCGACUUGAAGCGAGAAUUCAAUCAAGACCUUCAAGGUCUCGAGACGCUCCACUGCGUUGGUCUACUCUUGCCAAAGUUUACCGACAACGACGCAAUGGAAUCAGCUAUAGCCAGCGACGAUGAUGAAGACGAAGAAUACGAGCCCACUCCGAAGAGGGGCAAAUAUACCGGCAGAGCUGCCAAGUUGACCCAGAAGAAGGGCGACUCCGUAUUGGCCAAAUUGAAGAGGGCAAGUGGUCCAGGCGAUGAAGGCAUCGAGAAGAACAAUCGGUCUUCAAUUCCCGUGGCUGCCAUAUACAGGAAGAAUUGGCGCUACUACGCUCUUGCUGUUUGUGAUGACUUUAAAAAGCCAAUUUUACGUGGAGAGAUCAUCAAGGGGAGCAAAGUCUUUUUCUUCCACCCUUAUCGUCAUGAACGAGCAGAUUUGGCUGUCCAUCGCCACGCAAAGUGGCGUAGAGUUAUGGAAAAGAGCUUAGGUAUCAAACCCGUGCCAACCGCAGAGCCAGUACUAGAGUCGCCCGAAGACAACAUGCUCGUCAACGACGAUAUGGGUGCAUUCCUGGCAAGUUCUGAUGCGGCAAAUGACGCAAAGUCUCAGGAGAAGAUGAAAAAACAUCAAUUGAUCCUAAACAAGCGGAUACAACAGGCCGAGAGCAAACGAUUGGAGUCAGAGAGGGGUUCAGAUUUGGAAUUAGAGCCGCUGUCCAACAAACGUGCAAAACGUUUCGGUUUGCCUGUCGACACCAGCCCUGUUUCCAGUCCAGAUAUCAGCAAUGGAGUCAACUACAACAUCGAAAUUGAGAAGCUAGGUGCGGAUGAAAAUCCCGCAGAUGAGAAACCCGUUGCAGUCAAGUACUCGAGUGUGGACAAAUAUCUUGCAGAUGAGUACUCGGGUGUGGAAAAGGUAAAAUCGUCUAUCAAGUCAUUUAAUAGCGCCAGCUCUAUUUCCAGUCCAGCGGCCAACAACACGUCCAAGUCCACCAUUGACAUCGAGGGCCCUGUUGUGGACGGAGUACAGUCGUCGGUCAAGUUACAUACCAACAACAUGGUCGACCACGGUACUGCUUUUAACCGGCAGCAGGCGGAUCGUACAAUGCUAGGAAAUAACCCUGCUAGCAGCUUCACCUUUCCCGAUGUUAGCAAUGCUUUUUCUACCAUUGAUGCGAACACUAACGACCGAAGCACACAGAGUGACUAUGGCGCUUCCAGAUGCGGCCGCGAAACCCCGGGGUCAAUGCUUAGCAUCAUAUCGGAAUGGGAAAAGCUAGUCGCAGACAACACAAGGCUUCGUCAGCGAGGACUUGACGAUGCUGACACAAUCCAGAGCCUCAAGCGCAAGGAAAUAGACCAUGCCAAGUCCGUACGCCUUUCGAAAAAGUUGAAGGCUGACAAUGAUACUUGGAGGGAGAGGAACGCGGAGCUCCAGAGCGCAUUGAAUGAGAUGGUCGACUACGAUGCCAUUAAAAAGGAAAAUACAGAGCUCAAACGUGAAUUGAACGAGAAGAGCGAACGGCUUGCUGAAUGGGACGCCAUGGCCAUCAAAAUGGCACCGCGCAAGUAG